UCCAAAAUCUCUCUCCUACGGAACUUCAUUAAAAGUGCAUUCCACUCUCCUCUCGCCGCGCUGAUAAAGGCAAAGUAACUGCAGUGGCGACAGCUCUUAGGGAACUGCGAUGCACACGCUGGCAAAGCAGCAACUCUCCCAUUGGGACCUUCCCACGUUAAUUACACUCCAUUAGACUGCAGCCUGGAGCUGCUUGGCUUUAUCGCAUCUACCCAAAAAUUUCGCAUCGUUGACUCUGCCUUUACUGUUCAUUGGGAAGCCCUCCCGCCCCGGAGACAGAGCGGCUUCCUUGGCGGCUGCCCACUGCUGCUCGCCCCGACGCGGCAACGGCCCCAGCCCCAGCCCCAGCCCCGGCCCCGGCCCCGGGUACUGCCAGACACCGAGAUCACCCGCUCGCCCCCAGGGCCACACCGCAGGGUCGGCGAUAAAUCGGAGGCUAUUGAGCAGAUUUUGACAAAUGCACCCAGCGUAUUAUGGACAAAAACUUCAGUUAUUCUGGUUUCUUUCAAUUGUUUGUGGCAAUUUGAAGAUGACACAACCUUGAUACAAGAAAUCAGAUGAACAACCUUCACUUGAUCAAGACACCAGGUUUUGUCUGAAAACUGUAUGCCAGAAACCAUUUUCAAAUGAAGUACUGUUAGUCAUUUCAAGUUACCCUCAUGAUGUUUGUCACUAGUUUCCAGUUCCCCAGCUCAAUCUGCCCAAGCAACACCAAUGAGGAGGAAGGAAACAGAACCAGGCAGUCAUCAGUCUUUGGGCAAUCCAGAAUUGAGAAAGCGCGGCGGAGGGCACAGAGAAGAAGAAACAUAUCUGCCGAGGAUCUCAAACGUGAACAAAUUGCUGACAGACUAAAGUGCCCACUAAUUUUCAUGGCUCCUGUGAUUCUGAUACUUCUGUUGCUUUUAGCUUUAUUUGGAGUUUAUAUAUUAAAGCCCUUUUAUAAAGUUUUAAAUUUCACUGCUGGAAAUUGUACUGUGCUUGAAACGGGGAUGAAGCGCCAAGGCAGCUGCAGCUGUGACGGAGACGUAUUUUCUCCUUGUCUUCAGAUCAAGGUUACCGUUCAGCUGUCUGAUGGUUCAAGGGGAGGUGCUGUGAUCAUGGAGAAUGAACAAGCUUUGGUGAAUUGUCAGCAGUGCUCUUUCACUUUUGGUCGUCAUGGUGUUUUUGCUGAUCGAUUACUGGACUGUCAGGGCUGGCGAGAAGACUACGAUAGGCUUGCUUGUGUAACAAAAUAUCAUCACCGAUUUGGCCAGAUAAACACCACCUUUCCAUGCUUCUACAAUCCCACAAAGCCACACGAAGUGAUCCGGAAAAGGGAGCUGACAUGGGGCAUAGCGGUGAACUCCAUAGUGUGGCCUUUUCUGUGCUUAUUGGGAUAUGGAGCUGCAGGUGGAUUUGUUCUCUUUGACUGCAACAAAAGAAGAAAGUUGAAUGCUCUCUUGGAGGAACAGAAUGCCAAAUCAGAAAGGGAAAAGACGCCAAUAGAAAUACGUAGGAGAAGAAGCAAAAUAGCAUGUCGUCAUGGCAACCAGCAUAUUUCUCAUUUUUCUAAUUAUCCAGCAAUGAUCAAUGGCUCCCUUAGUUGUACCUGUUUGGAUCAUGUUUUGGAAGAACAAACUACCUCAACACCGAGAGCCGAAGCAUCUCCGAGCCACCCAUCAGCAGUUUUCUGGACAGAACAGGACCUUUUGAACCUUGAACACAUGGAUUUAGCUGUUACUGAAUAUACUCAGCGAAGGCCACCAUCCACCUAUUCCAAUGUCUUUGUGCCACAGGAAGGAGAAGAGGUUCUUGACAGUGAAACAGAAUGGAACGCACUUUGUGAGAAUAUGGAUUUUGGAAUAUCAGAACAAGAAAUAGAGCAUUAUUUUAGCAGUAUUUCGAGAAGACAUCACUUUCGUCAGAACAUUCUACCAUUUCGUCCAUUUACAGUCAUGAAUGAAACCAGGGUGUAAAUUAAAACUGAAACAUUGAAUUUGAAGAGUUAAAAUAUUUGGAUUAUAUUUUUUCAUUGGAUAUCAUAUGACAUACGAGGGGUGAUUGAUAAGUUCGUGGCCUAAGGUAGAAGGAGUCAAUUUUAGA